AAUGUGGAAGGGAAACAACACCCCAGUUAGGAAUAAGAGAGAACAAACAAAUGUCAAAGGUAAACAGCCGUCGCCUACAAGAACACCGAGGAAUUCUAUAUUUGCUAACUUUGAAACGGUACAACUUAAUCCUGAAGAAAGACUUUUACUGCAUGGAUCCAGAACUGGUGACACUGCACUAUUAAACCAUAUAAUAGGAACUUCGCACAAGCAAUGUAUCAAUUUUAAUUGCGUUGACUUUAUGGGAAGGAAUGCCCUCCAUUUGGCCGUUGACUCUGAAAAUUUUGAAGCUGUUGACUUACUGUUGGAUAAAGUCAAUUCGGAAUGUAUACAGGAAGGCCUUUUACACGCAAUUAAUAAAUCUGAUUUACAUAUGGUUAGAGCGAUAGUUGAUCAUUCAGCUUAUCAAGCAUCGGAAGGAGCCAAAUACGCUAAAAAGAGAGAUGCAUUCUUUCGUACAGAGGAAACCUACCAAUUUCCCCCAGAUAUUUCUCCUUUGAUAUUGGCAGCUCAUAAAAAUGAUCCUGAAAUUAUUCAAAUCUUUUUGUCCCGUGGUCAUACUAUUGACAGACCUCAUGCUAUCCAGUGCAAAUGCGAUGAUUGUAUUGUUAAACAGAAUACAGACAGCCUAAAGAGAUCUAGAUCUCGGUUGAAUGCAUAUAAAGCCUUAGCCAGUCCAGCUUAUCUGGCUCUAUCUACCAUAGAUCCUUUUACAGGCACUUUUGAAUUAAGGCAAGAAAUGAUGAAAGUCGCUCAAGUGGAGAAAGAAUUUCGGAAAGAAUAUCUAAGUUUGGUAGAUCAAUGUAUGAUUUUUGCGUGUGAAUUAAUGGAUCUCUGCCGUGGUACUCAGGAAGUUCAAACUGUUCUAGCGGAGGAUAGUAGAGGAACGGGAGAUCCUCUAACUCGUUUGAGAUUGGCAAUACAUUAUGGCGAAAAGAGGUUUGUGGCUCACCCAAAUUGCCAGCAGCAUCUUACCGGCAUUUGGUAUGGAAAGGAAAUGGGUUUCUUGCAAACUUUAUCUAGAACUAAGAAAUUUUUCCUCUGCUUAUUAGCUUUGCCUUUGCUUCCUUUCCUAUGCCUGAUAUAUGUGAUAAAUCCUUUCAUCUACGUGAGUCUGUCCAUGAAGUGUCCCGUUGCUAAAUUUAUAACACAUACGACUUCACAUUUUAUUUUCCUCUUCCUCCUAACGGUAGCAACAUUCGGUUGGGAGGAAAAUAUGUACAUUCAUCCGCCAGCUGAAGAUUGGCGGAUGAUUAAAAAUCGUUUGAGGCCCUUUAAAGCCGUUGCAACGACGGUUCAACUAUUAAUAAUAGCUUAUGUUUUAGGAAUGCUGUGGAAGGGAUGCAAACAAAUUUAUCGAGCUGGUUUCGUUGAACAUUUUCGCCAGUUUUAUAAUUUCAUGGAUUUUUCUCUAAUCACACUAUACUUGGCUUCAUAUACUCUUAAAUAUGUUGCCUGGAGAAGAGUGGAGCAAUCAGACAAAGCUCUAAAUGCAACCUUUAGAGUUGAAAAGGCUUUGGGAGAAGGUAAUAGAACUGAAGUAGAAAAAUUGCUUAGAGAAAUAGAUAACUCUCCUAGAACUGAAUCUUACUUUCUUAAAGCUUCUCGUUUUGAUUGGUCUCCAAGUGAUCCAGAAAUUAUAUCGGACAUCCUCUUUGCCGUUGCCAACGUUCUCUCAUUUGCAAGAACAACUUAUAUUAUGCCGUCUCACGAACUACUUGGCCCAUUACAGAUCUCGUUGGGAAGAAUGUGCGGAGACAUUGCCCGCUUUGUCGUGCUAUUUCUACUGGUCCUUUUCGCCUUUAUGGUUGGACUUACAAACAUGUAUAAAUAUUAUGGUACACAAAUUAACGCUGAGAGUAGAACAGCAGCAUCGGAAUCCUUUAAAGGACUGCCGGAAACUGUUCAUACGUUGAUAUUUGCUAUCUUUGGACUCAUACCCCUAGAGCAGUUGAGGAUAAAUCAGCCAAGUUCAAAGAAUGUUCCCAAAACAUUGUUGCCAAAUUGGAAUGUCAGUACUUUCCUAGUUGACAGAGUAGGCUUUAUUAUGUUUGCUAUUUAUAUGGUAGUUGUCUCCAUAGUACUGGUUAACAUUUUAAUAGCAAUGAUGAGUCACUCUUUCGAAGCAAUCCAGGGUGACAAUGAUGUGGAAUGGAAAUUUGCCCGUACGAAAUUAUGGCUCAGCUAUAUCGACGAAAGCUCUACAUUACCAGUUCCAUUCAACGUUCUACCUACAUUAAAAACCAUAAAAAUGUUUGUAAAAUUUGUCAAAAGUAUAUUUAAAAAGGAUGACGAAGAUAUGGACGUAAAAAGUUAUGAUUUUACGAGAAGGAGGGAGCAUAUAAGCUUACCCGAUAUGGCUUUAACUCAAUUAGUAUUACCGUUUAAGAAAACAACUUAUUCGGAAAUUAUACAAAGAUUAAUUAGACGCUAUCUUUUCAAAUUAGAAAGAGAAAGACUUGAGAAGUUGGAACUAGGAGCCGAUCGUAUAAACGUUCGAACAGAAGUUGAAGAGUAUCCGGUAGAGGUUGACAACGACACAGACUACGCUACCUACCACGACCCUACUACCUUACGUCCACCGAUGAUAAGCGUGCCAGAGAGGUCUGAUUUGUACAACAGUCAAGAACAAAAGCUUCACAGAAAAGUCACCAUCAAGAGGAGUAAGAGCAGUUCAACGGGUGAAAAUAGUCAGAAAAUCUUGGAUUCUCAUCUUCAAGAGUUCCGUCUGAGAGGUGAAGAGUUAUCAAGGAUUGAAUCAGUAAUAGUUAAGCAUAACGAAAAACUUGAUAACAUUGUGACGAAAUUAGGUAAAUUAGAUUGCUAA